AAAAAAGUAGUCCCUUACUUGACUUUCCUCUUUAUCCUCUCUCACCUGAGAGUUGAAGAUUUCGCCGGCGAUGCUGUCAGAAAAUGGAAAUAGAUAAUAAAAAACCAAACCCAUCUCAGAUUAAGAGCUAUCUUGAAAAUUCCCUCAUCGUUGUUGACAUAAACAAGAAAAGGAAAUUAGAGGCUGAGCAAUUGGGCUUGCCGCUACCGAAGCAUCAAUGUUGGAAGCAAAGCUUGUCGUUGAAGCCUCCUUCCUUAUGCAGUGUCACAGAAAUAGAGGGGUUCGGUUCUUGCACUUUCAAAGGAAAGGGAGCAAAUGACUAUGAUGUAUCCAAAACUGAGUUGGCAAAAGAUAGCAAUAGCUUUGCUGAAGAUUCGGACACCGCAAUGUCUAUGCAUGCUGAUGCCAAGUGUUUGCUAGACAACAGUGCUUCCUCCUCGUCACCCGAUUGGGGAUCCAGAUCCCAAUGUUCCCAUUCCGAUGGUACAACUGUUGCAUCAAGCAGUGUCGGAAAAGAUGUACUAUCUUCACCUGGUGAUGAGCUUGAAACUGCUGAUGCGAGACUAGCUGAAAAUCUUCAGGAGACGCUUGAUGAGUAUGGAGACAAUAUAGAUUACAUCUACUCGGGAUACGGAAAAUAUACCAUAGAGCAAUACCAAGAUAAGGAAAUUGAAGAAAUUCUUAACUCCGACGGGGCAAAUCCAAAUGUUUAUGUUCUUUCAUCUGGACGAUGGAGCGUCAACCAAGAGGCUCCCGAAACAAAAAGGAAACCGACCAUUGAUCAAGAAUUUGAGCAGUACUUUUCCACGCUUAUGCUCUAGGGGUUUGGAUCAUUCCAUCCUCGAAUCAUUUUCGGGUUCGGUUGAAACUGAUGGCUGCCGGGACUUGUGAAAGUGGACAACAUUUUAGUGUUGCUUUGGAGCAUCAAAGACUACUAUAAAAAGCUUUACCAUAAAUCAACAAACUAAUGGCUUCCUUGAUGGAAAGCGAAAUGGCAUUGCCAUCCAGCAAGACUAAUAAUACAUCCCCCCAGUCAAUUAUAGAAAAUUCCAUCAUAAUCUAGCCAAAUACCCCGAACAGUGCAAAUUGAUGUGUUCGAAAUGAAACUACCUUUUCUUGCAAGUUUUGUUUCAUCAAGGUAAUUAACAUUUUUAAUAAACAAGACAGUUGAAUACCAAAUAGACAACAUUGCUCAAAGAACCCAAUUUGGUUAACGUAGCUGCACCGUCCAGCAUGAAGUUUUUUA